AUGAAGAGAGCCUAUGAGAGCCUAUUGGUGAAAGCGCAGCCUGAUUUCAGCAGAAGAUCCCAGUGUUUUGAAGAUGCUGGUACAGACUCAAUGACCUUUGAGGAUGUGGCUGUGAACUUCACCCAGGAAGAGUGGACUUUGCUACAUCCUUCUCAGAAGAACCUGUACAUUAGUGUGAUGCUAGAAAUCUGCAGUAAUCUUGCUUCUAUAGGAAUCAAAUCGGAGUGCCAGACCAUUGAAGAUCAUUAUGAGCAACCUGAGAUAAAUCUAAGGCACAAAAGAACUCAUACAGGAGAAAAACCCUAUAAAUGUAAGCAAUGUGCUAAGCCUUUUAGAGUUUUCAGUAAUCUUCGAAUACAUGAAAGAACUCAUACUGGAGAAAUACCCUAUGAAUGUAAACAAUGUGGUAAAGCUCUGCGAAGCCACAGUUCCCUUCAAAGACAUAAAAUAACUCAUGCUGGGAAGAAACCCUAUGAGUGUAAACAGUGUGGCAAGUCCUUCACUUAUCCCUAUUUACUUCAAACCCAUGGAAGAUCUCAUACUGGAGAGAAACCCUAUAAAUGUAAUUUAUGCAGUAAAGCCUUUAGCUGUUCUUCUUUCCUGCAAAGGCAUGAAAGAACUCAUAUUGAGGGAAAACCCUAUGAGUGUAAGCAGUGUGGCAAAGCUUUCAGAGGUCAUAGUUCCCUUCGAUUGCAUGCAAGGUCUCACAGUGGGGAGAAACCAUAUAAAUGUAGUAGAUGUAGCAAAGCCUUCUUGUGCCCCUCUUUCCUUCGAAGACAUGAAAGAACUCACACUGGGGAAAAGCCCUAUGAAUGCAAAAAUUGCAGCAAAACCUUCAAAGGUCAGAGUGCUCUUCAGUUACAUGAACAAUCUCAUAUUGGAGAGAAACCCUAUAAAUGUAAGAUCUGUAGAAAGGCCUUUCUAUAUCCACGUUCCUUUCAAAGACAUAAAGUUUCUCAUGUUGGGGAAAAACCUUAUGAAUGUAAACAAUGUGGUAAGUCCUUCAUUUAUCCAUGUUUACGUCAAGUUCAUAUAAGAACACACACUGGUGAGAAACCCUAUAAAUGUAAACAAUGUGACAAAGCUUUCAGAAGUCUCAGUUACCUUCGGAUACAUGAAGGAAGUCACACUGAGGAAAAGCCCUAUGAAUGUAAACAGUGUGGGAAAACUCUCAGUUGUUCUAGUGCUCUGCAGUUACAUAAAAGGACACACAUGGGUGAAAAGCCCUUUGUGUGUAAACAGUGUGGGAAAGCCUUCAGGGGUUUUAGUUACCUUCGAGUACAUGAAAGGACUCACACUGAAGAAAAACCUUAUGAAUGUAAACAGUGUGGGAAAACUCUCAGCUGCUCGAGUUCCCUUCAACUACAUGAACGAACCCAUACUGGAGAAAACCCUUAUGAAUGUAAGCACUGUGGUAGAGCCUUCAGAGGUCUCAGUUGUCUUCGAGUACAUGAAAUAAUUCACACUGGUGAAAAACCCCAUAAAUGUAAACUAUGUGGUAAGGCCUUCAAAUAUCAUAGUUUACUUCAAGUACAUGAAAGGACCCACACUAGUGAAAAGCUUUAUGCUUGUAAACAAUGUAGUAAAGCCUUCAAAAGUCUCAGUAAUCUUCGAAUACAUGAAAAAACUCAUAGUGGUUUCUAUGACUGUAAACAGUGUGGCGCAACCCUCAGUCCUUCCAAUUCUCUUCAAGUACACGAAAGCGUUCAUACUGGAGAAAAAUCCUAUGAAUGUAAACAAUGUGGUAAAACCUUUAGGCGUCUCAGUAAUUUUCAGGUACAUGAAAAAACUCAUGCUGAAGGAAAACCGUAUGAAUGUAAACAAUGUGGUAAGUCCUUCAUUUAUCAGUAUUUACUUGAAAAGCAUGAGAAGUCUCAUACUGCAGAAAAACCCUAUAAAUGUGUGGUAUGCAGUAAAGCCUUCAUUUGUCCCUCUUUCCUUCAAAGACAGGAAAGAACACAUAGUGGAGAAAAACCGUAUGAAUGUGUGCAAUGUGGUAAAGCAUUCAAAGGCCUCAGUUCCCUUCAGUUACACAAAAGAGCCCAUGCUAGAGAAAAGCAUUAUGACUGUACAAAGUGUGGUAAAACCUUCCGAUGUCAUAGUCUCCUUCAAGCACAUGAAAGAACGCAUACCGGUGAAAAACCCUAUGAAUGUGAAGAAUGUGGCAAAACCUUCAAAAGUGCUGGUUAUCUUCGAAUACAUGAAAAAAUGCACAGUGGUUUCCAUGAGUGUAAACAGUGUGAGAAACCCUAUGAAUGCAAACAAUGUGGCAAGGCCUUCAUUUAUCCAUGCUACCUUCAAAUGCAUGAGAGAUCGCAUACUGGAGAGAAACUCUGUAAAUGUAGUAUUUGUGGUAAAGCCUUUCUCUAUCCCAGUUUUCUUCAAAUGCAUGAAAGAACUCAUACUGGUGAAAAACCUUAUGAAUGUAAGCAAUGUGAUAAAGCCUUCCGAAGUCACAGUUCCCUUCAAAUGCAUGAAAAAACUCAUGCAGGAGAAAAACCCUAUGAAUGUAAACAGUGUGGUAAAGCUUUGAUAAGUCAUAGCUCUCUUCAGAGGCAUAAAAUGGCUCAUGCUGGGGGAAAACGUUAUUCAUGUAAACAAUGUAUUAAAUCCUUCAUUUAUCCAUAUUUACUUCAAAUUCAUGAAAGAUCUCACACCGGAGAGAAACCCUAUGAAUGCAAAGACUGUAGUAAGGCCUUUACAUGUUACUGUUCCCUUCAAAGACAUGAAAAAACACAUACCUGAGGAAAAAUCUUUAUGAAUGUAAACAAACAUGCAAUCAUGUUUUAGAAUUUCUAGCUCUCUUCAACUGUGUGGAAGUACUGGGAAAAGAGCUA